AUGCAGGCCCCUGUGGUGGUAAUGAAUACGCAGAGUGGGGAUAGGCAGGUUGGCAGAAAAGCUCAAUUAUCCAAUAUAACAGCGGCAAAGACUGUUGCGGACAUUAUUCGGUCAUGUCUUGGACCUAAGGCAAUGCUCAAGAUGUUGCUUGACCCCCUUGGUGGUAUUGUCUUAACAAAUGACGGCCAUGCAAUCCUGAGGGAGAUAGAGGUCGCCCACCCGGCGGCUAAAAGCAUGAUUGAGCUUAGCCGAACGCAAGAUGAAGAAGUUGGUGAUGGCACUACGACUGUUAUUAUUCUAGCGGGAGAAAUUUUAGCUUAUGCGCUUCCUCAGCUCGAGCGAGACAUCCAUCCUGUCGUCAUUAUAUCCGCAUUCAAGAAGGCCCUAAGCGAUGCCCUUACCAUAGUCGAGCAAAUUUCCCUCCCCGUUGAUAUCGAUGAUGAUAGAGCAAUGUACAGUCUUAUACAAUCAUCUAUUGGCACUAAAUUUGUUUCUCGGUGGUCUGAGCUUAUGUGCAACCUUGCCCUUAAAGCUGUACGCACUGUUUCGCACGAUGCGGGUGGUGGAAAGAAAGAGGUUGAUAUUAAACGGUAUGCUCGUAUCGAAAAAAUACCCGGCGGCCAGAUUGAAGAUAGCGAGGUUAUUGAUGGGGUUAUGGUGAACAAGGACAUCACGCAUCCGAAAAUGAGACGGAGGAUAGAGAACCCCAGAAUUAUUCUUCUUGACUGCCCUUUGGAGUACAAAAAAGGAGAAUCCCAGACAAAUAUUGAGAUAUCCAAAGAAGAAGAUUGGAAUAAAAUCUUACAGAUCGAGGAAGAGCAGGUGAAGCAUAUGUGUGACGCAAUUCUUGCUCUUAAACCUGACCUUGUUAUUACUGAAAAAGGAGUUUCUGAUUUGGCUCAACAUUUUCUUGUUAAACACAACGUUACUGCCCUACGAAGAGUCCGCAAGACAGACAACAACCGUAUUGCUCGUGCAACUGGCGCUACAAUUGUCAAUCGGGUCGAUGAUCUGCAAGAAUCCGAUGUGGGAACCCAAUGUGGACUCUUCGAGAUCGAGAAAAUUGGAGAUGAGUAUUUUUCAUUCAUGCGGCAGUGUAAGCAACCAAAAGCGUGCACGAUUCUGCUGAGAGGGCCGUCGAAGGAUAUUUUGAAUGAGAUUGAGCGAAACUUGCAAGACGCCAUGUCCGUUGCCCGCAACGUCAUUUUCCAUCCUCGUUUAUCUCCAGGUGGGGGUGCUACCGAAAUGGCUGUAUCGGUGAAACUUGCACAGCUCGCCAAGUCUAUUGAAGGCGUUCAGCAAUGGCCAUAUAAAGCUGUUGCUGAAGCUAUGGAGGUCAUUCCAAGGACAUUGGCUCAAAAUGCAGGACAGAACGCCAUCCGAAUUUUAACAGGGCUAAGAGCAAAGCAUGUAGAAGGGCAUAGCACUUAUGGACUUGAUGGGGAUACGGGCGCCAUUGUUGAUAUGAAAGAUUACGGCGUUUGGGAGCCAGAGGCAGUGAAGCUGCAGAGCAUCAAAACCGCUGUUGAGUCUGCUUGCCUACUGCUUCGUGUUGACGAUAUUUGCAGUGCUAAGUCAUUGAAACAGGCUGCAAAUAUCGGGGGUGGGGAGGAAUAG